CAAAGCUACAAGCAUACACAAUCACAUUGUAAAAAUGUCGUCUCAGGUGUAGACUUUGUUAAACAUUUGCCAACAAUUUUCGUUUAUUUCGUCAAUUUCAACGGAGGUGCAUUCGCUAGAAAAAACUAAUUUCACAUUAGUUAUUGCGAAUUUCUUAUUUUAACCGAAAAACACUGCGUGGAGAGAUGGCCGAUGAUAUGGAUCCUUGCGAAUGCCUGUGGAAUCAUGAAUUGGCGAUGCGACGACUUAUUUCACUGUUGCGCCAAGGGCAAGCAUACUGCACUGACAGCGAGUGUCUGGAGCAGCUGCCGGGACUGCCGCGGCCCGAGUCCGCCGGCAAUAGCUUUCUGAUGAUGUUCAUAGUGAUGGCGCUCGCAGUCGCCAUGUACGCGCUGCGUCCGCGCCGCAACCAACUUCAGGAUGCCACUAAACCAACGCCCAAUUCCCAAGACCGCGACGGAGCACCGCCGACGCCGCCAAUAAAUUAAUUUCAUACAUAAAAACUAUGAAACGUUUUAAAAACUAAUUCCAAUAUAUAUAAUACUAGCUGUGAAACCCGGCAAGCGUUGCAAUGCAAUGUGAUAUU